CCCACAUCAUUUAACUCCUGUCUUCUUAAUACGAGAAGACCGAUGUACGUAUUAGAUAAAAUGGUUACGUAGCUUAGCGAAUCCGAUCCAUAAAAAGGGCUCGGGAGAAUUCUCAGGUUCUCUUGAAACCCACUCACCUCCCAAAGCCCUUCCCUUUAACCCAGAGGGUGGAGCGCGGAGUCUCCUAGGAGACCAGAACGGACUGACUGCGCAUGCGUACAUUCUAGGUCCGGCUGAUGCAACUUGCCGCGUGCGAGCCUGCUCUUCCCUGAGUAAGGAAGCCGACAGGGGACCACAGGCGCGGCCAAUCAGCGGCCACGCACAAGGGUGAGGCAAGUCCGCCUCCCGGGAGGUGAGGGUGGGGUUCAGCAAAUGACGUUAGGCUGCGCUGAGCCGUAGGAGUAGACGCCCUCGGUCCUCCGUCUCGUCCUGCGGCUUCCGGGAGUGCGGCUGCGGCCAUUUUGUGUUUCGCUUCCUUGAGCGCCCGUCCGCCACCCAGCCCUUCCGUCUGUGCGUUUCGCGCCUCCAGUGAGGGCCGCGGUCUCCGGAAACGCCUCCGCCGCGUGAGGGGUCUUCUAUGGUGGAGCGGUCUCACUCGGACUAGGACGUCUCCCCUGCCGGGAUGGACGUAGCCACGGUCGCCACCGCUUGCGCAGGCCGCCGGGCCGUACGGGACGUCGCUCGCUGCGGAAGCCGCCGCUCCCUGGGCCUCCUCUGCCGGCGCGGGCCUCGGACUGCAGUACCCACUCCAUGGCUGGGCAAGGCUGAGACUGUGUAGGCCUCGGAUCCUGCCCGCAGUGACGCUGCUGAGCUCCGUACUCCUACCGGAGAAGCUGCCAAGGAAAGAAGAUGGAGACGGGAGCAUACAGGGCCCGGAAGCGGCCUGCCCCUCGGAUGAGCUCCUGGUUCCGGCUGCCCUUCCUUCGGCGAUCGCACGCCUGCUCUCGACAAAAUCCCGGGGACUCCGCCCUGCCCGAGCCUCGGACCAGGUACUGGACCAAAUUACUUUCCCAGCUCCUUGCUCUGCUCCCUAGUUUGCUCCAGAAGCUGCUUAUUUGGAGUCAGCUUUUCGGUGGCAUGAUUCCAAGCAGAUGGCUAGAUUUUGCAGCAAGUUACAGCGCCCUGAGAGCUUUGAGAGGACGGGAGGAAUCUGCCGCUCCCACAGUGCAGAAAUCUCUGAGUUCACUGCGGCUAGACUCUUCUUCGGGAGACUUGGUUGUCAGUUCCCUUGAUUGGCUAGAGGAGGGGCUCCAGUGCCAGUGCUCGUCCUCAGACCUGGAGUUGAAACUCGAGGCCCAGAAAAGAGCUUUAGACUCUACAGCGCACACUUUCCUCCUGGAACAGCACCUGUGGGGAGUGGAGUUGCUGCCCAGUAGUCUUCAAGCCGGUCUAGUCUCCCACCGAGAACUUGGCUCUUCAUCCUCUGGGCCUCUGAGCACUCAGAGCUUAGGCAAUUUCAAGGUAGUUUCCUAUCUCCUGAACCCUUCCUACCUGGACUGCCUUCCCCAGUUAGAGCUACGCUGUCAGAACAGCGUUGGAGCUGGCCAGCUUGUGGAUUUCCGAACACUACCCCCAGAGAGCUGCUACCUUUCUGAAGAUGGUUGUCACCCCCAGCCGUUGCGUGCAGAGAUGUCAGCAACCGCAUGGCGAAGGUGUCCGCCUCUCUCUACAGAAGGCUUGCCGGAAAUCCACCACCUCCGUAUGAAACGGCUAGAAUUCCUUCAGGCUAACAAAGGGCAGGAGUUACCCACCCCUGACCAAGAUAAUGGCUAUCAUAGCCUGGAGGAGGAACACAGCCUUCUCCGGAUGGACCCACAACAUUGCACAGAUAACCCAACACAGGGGGUGGCCCUUGCUGGAGCCAGCCCGCAGCCCACUGAGAAAAAACUAGAAUUGUCGAUUGAAGUUUCACAGAGCCCCCAGGGAAGCAGUCUGUCUUUGGAGUUACCUGUGGAAAAAGAAUGUGAAGAGGACCACACUAAUGUAAUUGACUACUCAGACAUAGGGGAUGCCCUUCCUGUUUCUACCAGACCCGUUUGUAGCAACAAACUGAUAGAUUAUAUUUUGGGAGGUGCCUCCAGUGACUUGGACACCAGCUCUGACUCUGAAAGUGAGGAUUGGGAUGAGGAACCUGAGGAUGAUGGUUUUGAUAGUGAUGGCUCCCUGUCUGAAUCAGACAUGGAGCAGGACUCUGAAGGGCUUCAUCUUUGGAACUCUUUCUACAGUGUAGAUCCUUACAACCCCCAGAACUUUACAGCCACAAUUCAGACUGCUGCCAGAAUUGCCCCCAGAGACCCAUCUGAUUCAGGGAAGUCCUGGUCUGCCAUCUCUGAUGUAGGGAGUGCUCAGGUGGGACCCCUUCCUGAGACCCCUGACCAUAGUUCUGGGGAGGAGGAUGACUGGGAAUCCAGUGCAGAUGAAGCAGAGAGCCUUAGACUGUGGAACUCUUUCUGUAACUCUGAGGACCCCUACAACCUUUUGAAUUUUAAGGCUCCUUUUCAAACGUCAGGGAAGAACUGGAAAGGCUGUCAGGACUCAAAGGCAUCUUCUGAGGCCACAGUGGCCUUUUCUGGGCAUCAUACCUUACUUUCUUGUAAGGCACAACUGUUAGAGAGCCAAGAAGAUAACUGUCCAGGCUGUGGGCUGGGUGAGGCUCUUUCUGGAGAAAGAUACACUCAUAUCAAGAGAAAAAAGGUAACCUUUCUUGAAGAAGUUACUGAGUAUUAUAUAAGUGGUGAUGAGGAUCGCAAAGGACCAUGGGAAGAAUUUGCAAGGGAUGGAUGCAGGUUCCAGAAACGAAUUCACGAAACAGAAGUUGCCAUUGGCUACUGCUUGACAUUUGAGCACCGAGAAAGAAUGUUUAGUAGACUGCAGGAACAUGUGUCAAAGGACUUACUGUUGUAUAGCAGUGCUAAGACGAGUGGACAGCCUGCAACCCUCGCCCACUCUGUCUCUUACUUGAGAGCUUUUUCUUAAAAACAAACACUGGCAGCUGUCCUUGGACAUGUUUUUAAAGAAACAACUUGUAUCUAGUGCUGUAGUUCAAUUAUUUUUUGGUAAUGUGUCUCAUUAGAAACAGCAACUCUGAUAAUGAAGGAUCUCUAAUCUUUAAUCCUCUCUUUUCCUAUUUAGUUGGAUGCAGGUUUUGUCUUUUUGAGAGGGUCUCACUGCAUAGUUCUGGUUGGCCUAGGUCUAUGUGUGUAGACCAGGCUGGCCCUGAAAUCGCCACCUUCUUGCCUCUGUUUCCUGUGCCACCAUGCCCAGCUGGAAGUGUUUUUAAAUAUCCUGUGCUUACCUGGGGUGAGAGUUUGAUUUUGCACUUCUGGAGGCAGAGGCUGGUCUGGUGUAUAUACAAGUGUCAGGCCAGCUAGGCUCUGUGGUGACAUCCGGUCUUAGAGGACAAACAGAACAGAACAAAACCGUCAGGUUACUGUGGAGACUGAGACAGAAGGAUAGAAAGUUCCAGGUCUUCCUGGAACUCAGUGAACUCAAGUGAACUCAAGGCCAGUGUGGGGAGUUUAGCAAGACCUUUUUAUUUUAAACUGAGAAUGGAAAAGGAGGCUGGGGAUAUAGCUUGGUAGCAGAGGGACCCUGUCUACGCAUGCAAGGUUCAGUCCCCAGGACUGCAAAAGAAAGAACAUUCUCUGGGAUAACUAUAAGGUUUGAGCCUCAGAUUCAGUUCUAACUCAAAUUAUGCAUACUUAUCUAAAAACUUUGGGUUCUUGUGUGCUUUUUCUGUUUUAAAAUUAAUUUUCUGUUCUGGCCUUAUGGUGUUUGUUUUCAUAUAUAUGUAUGUCUGUUAUAUUUUGAGGUGGGGGAUUGAGGCAGAGUCUCACUGUGGCCUUGAGCUCAUGGCAGUCUUCCUUCUUCAACUUGGGUGUUGAGCUAUGUUUGUAUUUUUUGGUUUGUCUUUUUGAGUUUGUGGGGUUUGGGUUUUUUUUUUCCCCUUUUUUCUUUCUUUUUUUUUUUUUUUAAACUUUCAUAGAUUUGACCUAUUCGAGGCUAAAACCUGUUGUUAUCAACUUAAAAGAUAUUGUGUCACUUCAGCGGUGGAUUUUUUUCCUUUUUUUUUUUUUUUUUAAAUUUAAAGACAGGGUCUUGUGUUGUCUAGGCUGGCCUUGAACUCAUUAUUUAGCCAAGGGUGACUUUGAAAGAUCCUCUUGUCCUCUUGUUUGGAUUGUACAUGGUGUGUGCGCGCCAUGCAUCCAGAUUUUUUUCUGUGUCUAGGCCUAUUUAAGAUAUUUUCAAGGACUGCCACAAACCCCUAAGUGCAGUACUUUCUUGACUGGGGAAUCCAGGCUGGUGUGCUUUUUAAAGGCACACACCGAGAUGCCCAGCUGGUCUGCCAAACUUUAACAUCUAGUGUAUUUGGUUUCUGUGCAAACUGUCCUUUUGGAAAGUUUCUGUGUGUUGUAGUUCCAGUUGAAUGUGGCUCUUUGUGGCUUUCAAGAAUGGGUAGAAGUAAAGCACUCUAGAAAGUAAUCAUUGCAUUGUAGACAUUUAUUUUUUAAACUUAGAAGCCUAGAAGUUUUCUAGGAGGUAUAUGGGAGACAUCUCAGAAAUUCAUUUUUUUGUGUAUCUUAAAACCAGUGUUACUUAUACCCUGCCUCAGCACUGGCACUUUUCAAACCAGUCUUGGAUCUUUUCUAAACCUGUGAACUUGGAUUGUGCAGUUCUAAGUUUUCAAAGUGUGACAUGUCAAAUAUAAAGGUCAAUAUCCAGGUUUGUUGUGUUCUACCUUAUAUAGAGAGAAGCAAAGCAGAAAGUAGAGCAGCCAAAAAGUCUUGGUGUCCUCCCCAAAGCUUACUUUUGAAUAGGGUGUGUUGAUUAGGUACGCUUGGUUUGUUCAGUUAGCUUCACCUGUUGUGCAUGGCUAGGUUGAGGGAAUGUGUAACCAGCUCGUUAGUGGUUACAUGCACAAAAGAGAGGGCCUGUGAGUUGGCUGUGGGUAUGAGCUUUCUAGAACUGGCAGGGUAACUACCUCAGUUUAUAACCUCCCUGGUUAUUUCCGUUUGAUGUGCUCUAAGGUCUGCCUCAAUGGUGAUGAAGUUCAUCCACACACAGUAGUAAGAGUGCAGCACCAGAAACGUUGGUCUUAUUUUUGUGAGAACACUCAUUUCUGUGUAUUUUAUGCACCUGCCUUUAGUGAACUCUAGAGUGCAUUGCAGAGUCUGGUUUAGUGCUGUGGACAUGGGCUAGUUUAGAAACUGUGUUUUGGAAAGCUGGCAUGUUGACUUUAAGAAGAAAAACUGUGACGUUUCUUUUAAAACCAUACUGCAGCUUAACACAAUUGAUUUCAGACGAUUAGGUUUUUGUUUUUGAGACCCAGCACCUGUAUAUUUGCAAGGAACAGGGCAUCUGUACAUUCAUGGUGUGUUUGAGAUGUUUGAAAAUUGUUCCAGAUUUUCACCUUCACUAUCAAAUGAGUAAAUGACUGGUUAAAAUAAUUACGCCUGCAGACACGGCCAAGUGGUGGCAAGGACAGAAGGUCUUUGAAGGAGAAAAACAAAAUGAUUGUCAUUGUCAUCCCAGUCCCAAGGAAAGAACCACCUCCAAGGCCAGGCAGGCUUGCUUCUAGCUAAACACUUUACACAUUCAAGUCUCAGUGGUGCUGUAGAUGUGUGUAGCAUGUGAGGCUCUGUACAGGUGGGGCCACACUUCUGAGUGCUGAAAUGUGGUGACCCUUUGUCUAACUUGAAAUCAAAACUGUCAGAUUUAUUUUUUAUAAUUUAAGAAAGGUAGAGUUGGGGAGUGAGAUUUUUGAGUUGUCUUCAGAUCAGUCAUUUUACUUGUAACUAGUGGAGAUUUUAUAGCUCAGAUUAUAUUUGUAUAUAAUUAUUAACUAAUCUGUAAAUUGUAAUAAAUAUAUUUGCAAUUAUU